GUCACUUUAGUGUCGCAAUAUCCCUGUUUAGCACUUCUGAUUUUUGGCUACUCUCUGACUAAAUAAAGUCAGCCCACGUACACGUUUGGACGAUGAAUGAAAUCUCUUUCUGGAUUGCUUUCUAGGAGAUUGUCUUCAUCUAGUUAACUGAAAGAGUACAGGCACCCCGGGACAGGCACAGGAAACGUUUAAAGGGAUUUUGAAGAGUUUGGGAAUUUGUAGGUAAGUCGAUUGAGUAGAGAUUCUGUGAUACGAAGAAUGGGGGACUCGAUGGCCCUUGGCCAAGAAACUUCCUUCGGCCUUCUCUAUCACUUGGAGACCUCGGAGCUUUUUCUUCAGCUCCAUCUCGGGAUUAUAAAAAAAUCUCACUCUUUUAAACAAUGUGUCAAUUUUAAUACACGCAUUUUAGGCGUGCUACUGACUAAAGGUUACUGCAGUUGCAGAAGCAACAAUUACUUUUAUUGUGUCGCCUUUAAUAGAACAAGCAGCACCUCACUGAACGGCUUACACAAUUGGCUGUGAAAACAAUAGAAACGGUGACAUAACAAUGCCCCUAUCCCUGAAAACAAAAGGCAAUAUUGUUUCAGUCGACCACUGAAAUUAGAGGUUCAUGUGAGGUACUGGACUACUGUAGAAUUUACGGAGCAAUCGCGAAUAAACUUGCAUAAUUUACUUGCGGGUAUCUGGGACUCCUGAUGCUGCCAGAAACUCUUGCAUCCGUAUAUUGUAACUUGUACUUACUAUAAGACAAUUGGGUCAAAGGCGAAGGUGUCAGUAAGGUAUUAGAAACACUAAUGCGGUCGAAUUUCAAAUAGACUAGAUAACUGGGCUGUCAAGGACGAUUUUUCCUGCGGUAGGGGUGGCUGUAAACCCCGGGGGGGGACUCGACCAAUAUUUGGGUGUAGGUAAGUCGCUGAGGGUUUGAAGCCCUGACCCUCAAAAAAUUUCUAAAAUACAUACCCUGUUUAGAACAAGACCCUUAAUUUUAGUACCCUGUUUAUAAUGGCCGAACGCCCUGUUUAUAAUAGAACAGACUCGCACAAAUCAUGUGCACUGUUGACAGACUUCCACGAAAUUGUAUACCAUGUCUAGGACAGACUCGUGCGGAAUUAUAAACCCUGUCUAGGACAGAGACGACGAAAACCAUACCCUGUCCAGCGGCACAUCCCCGUAUAGGCCAUAUAAGGCUGUAUUGCUGGUUUUCAGUGUCACGCCAUUCAAAAUAGAUCAAAAUAAAAAUCAAAACCGUUCAAUAGAAAGUCUGGAAUCUGGGAAAUAAAAGGAGGUAAAUAUACAAAGACCCUUGCCAAGAUUCAGGCCAGAAGAAUAUUUCGUAUACGAGAUAUCCGAAGAAAUGUUUUACUUACAUUUAUAGAGAUUUGAAUGGAGACGCCAUGCUGGUGCCCACCUGGAUGCGCACCAACAUGGCGGACGGAAACCAUCAAACACAUCUGUAACCGAGUUUUGGUACAAAAGCGUGAAUUUAUUCCUCAAGGAACUCAUAAACAUUAAAGUAAUACUUUUUCUAAUUACAUGAACUGUUUAGACAGCAAAAUUCCCCGAAAAAAGUCACUUUUUUUAACCUACAAGAGGGCUCUCUCGGCCGUCAUCAGAUCUUCAUUUAAUUGCUGCCUUCGUUUAACAAGCCGCCGUAUCGUCACUAAGUUAAUAAUUGCAUAUAAUUGAUAGUGUUAAUUUUCUGGAAACUUUGUUUCUGGUGGCUUUCCCUAAACGUACGAAGGAAGUACGUAGAAAUCUGGCUACUUGGAGUGUUCUUCGAUCUCCUUCGCAAAGAACGGCUGUGUAGCAUGCAGGAGACUACAGUUUCAACUGAUAGUGGCAGAUCUCCACCCUGAUAUUAUAAAUACUCCUCUGUCAGGAAUGUCAAAAGUGUAUCGAUGAUUUCAAAACAGUCCCACAAUGCAUUUUGACAACCAUCUCGACCCGGUCUCCCGCGCAAUCUCAAAGUGUCUAAUAGGCUGUGCAAUUACUUGUAUCUUACUAAGGCUUAUUCUUGCCUAGUCCUUAAAACCUAGCCUGCGUCUAAACCUUCUGUACGGACUAUACAAAUGGUUUAGACGAGUGCGUGGGCCGGCUGCAACGCAGGCUAUUAAACCUAGUCCCUGUACGGUGUCCUCCUAGGCCUUCUCGGUCAAUGCAUUUCGUUGAUGUUUUCAAAACUCGCUCUCACGUGACCCUAAACGCAUCGGCUGCUCGAAAUAAUGACGCCUCGCCAAGGCUCAUCCUACACUAAGCUAAGAUCAGGCUCUGCUUGCAUUUCACUUGGUAAAUAGAUUUUUGGCAGCAAUGCGAAUUGAAAAGUCUUGCAUUUGAUAGAGUACGAGUAUACCUGAAUUACGCUUACUACGUGUUUUCGAAACAAACAAACAUUGUUGCAUGUCCCUCGAAAGAUCACCGCUCUUUCUCGACUUCCAACGUCUCAGCAUUCAUCGAGAAAUGCAGCAUCAGCACUUUGGAAAACGCUGGUGGUGCAAUCAUGCAUUCAUGUGCUAUACACGUGAGCACGGACCUUGCGCUCAACACGAGGGCCCUCGCGGGCAAUUGGCGGCCACCUGCCACGCAUGGUUGGUACAACACGGGAAUCCCAAUUACAAGAAUGUUUAAGGUUAUACAGUGUAUAAAGUACUGCCGACCAAGAAUAGUCUGCGGGCUCCUCUUGUCACCCGCAUUAAAACAACUAUUACAUUCAGUUUUUGUGAUAUCCGGAAGAAUUAAGGUCUCUGAUCAGUAACUGUAGGCCUCAGCAAAUAACACUUGCGUCUACCUUGACAGUAUAAAACGUCAUCCGUCUUUGCCGCCCGUUGAGGGCGGGUCGACGAGACGGGUGACAUUUCAGACUAAAACCUUGAUUAUUCAUCCAGUAACUGUUCAUAAUUCUGCUAAAAGGUGGUUAUUAACGCCAGACACAGAAGAAAGCAGAAGGGCCCAAAUUGCUUUUUGUUUUUGUCACCCGCUAUUUUUAAUUCCUGCUUGAUCCUUCUUGAUGAAUUCUUGGAAACUCGGUUUAAGCCUGGAACAUAACCAAAACAGAAAAUUAUUUUAAAAUUUAUCGUACCGUUUAGUGCCGACUUUCUUUCGGUUUCACUGGUAUUAAAAGAAGCAUCACACGGUACUAAAAUUUCUGCUUGUCCGCGCCCCAGGUAAGCUAUCGCAAAAAAUAUACCACUAAUGCAAUCUAGUUAAAAUCUUACGUUACUUUGUCAAGAAAUCAUUAUGCAAGCAAGUUUUAUUUGUGUGUGGGGACUUUGAAAGUGCUACUCGCUAUUUAUUGUAAUGUUUGUAAUGCGCAUUUGAUUAUUUUUUAUAGAAAAUGCGCAAUAUAAAUAUUAAAUAUUAUUAUUAAUAUUACUCCAAGUUGCAUGAUCCAAACAAAACCACAAUGUCAUGCAGGUGGAUCAGUCAGCACAACUGCACAAGUUUUCCGUGGACAAAGGUGAACUCGUCUGUAUAAAAAUUAGCGAUGUUUUGAGGCUAUUACUUCAACAGUAAUGCUGUACAGUGUGAUUCAUUUUAUCGAUGUUGACUUCGAUUUCUUUAGAAUGUUCAGUUUGGUAAUGAGCGCAACAGAAACAUGUCAAGUGCUGCACUAAAAUUUACGAAAUUUUGGAUUGAAUAAAAUGGAAAAGCAAACCCCCAUCCCCCCAAAUCAAGGAUGAAGCCGCUCGAAGGGCAAAAAGCCAUGUUCUCAUCUUUUAUUUGGUGGAAAGAGGGCGUCUACUCAAAUUUUCCAUUUAUUUUGUUCGAGUUUGUAGCUGGUUUGACAAAGUGAAAAAUCAUCCUUCAGUUCGAAAGCUUCGGUUCACACAGCCUAUAAAUGGCAAUUUUACCUCUUUCGGUUUCGACACAUUUUUUCCGGUUCUUCGAAGUUCCGGAACGUGGGCCCAUCUUGCCCUCGUUUGUCCCGCAAAGAAAAUGUUCCCUUUUUGUCCAUGUAAUAAAUCCUUUAUUGACCAACGUUGUAAUACAAAGUACAAUAGAAACUAGGUCGUAAUGAGGAUGAAGAAGUUAAUUCAAGACUUCCGCGUGAAAAGAUCAAGGGUGAAGCUUUCAUUGAGUCUCUAUAUCUUCCUCUAACUUAUACUUGGAAAAUCCCUCCACACUAUUGUGAGUCAAAAUUGUGAGUCAGGUUGCCAAAAGUCCAACACCAACGCCUAAACCUCGGCCACUCAAAUCAAAGCUAAAUGAUUUGACCGUAAAGACGAGUAAAGUCCAUUUUAAAGCUGGCAAGUGCACCAGGUAUGGUUGUACUUGAUUUCUAAGAAACAUCCAACGUCUGAAAUUUCGCGGGGUCACGGAAAAACAGCAUCCUAAUCUCAGAAUUAUGAACACUGAUUCCGGCAGUAAUGGCGGAGUUGGAGAUAGGAGGGAUUCGUGAGAGCUCUAAGGCCCAGUUCAGACGUCGUGCUUCUGCCGUGCCGAACUAAAUUCAGGAAUUAAGUUCGACAAAAGCACGGCAGAAGCACGGCGUCUGAAUCAAACUUUUGAAUUAAGAUCGGCAAGCAAUUAAGUUCGACAAGCGAUGUCGUGCUACACGGCUCUGGCACGGCAGCGAUUCAAACGUCGUCGUACUUCUGCCGCGCCAAACCAAAAUUCAGAAAUUAUAUUAAUGUAUUUUGGCGAGAUUGCGUUCCAACGGGGAGUUGGGAGAAGAAUUGUUACGAGGCAUCAGUAAAUCCUGAAUUUGGUUCGACUCUGGCACGACGUCUGAAUCAAAGUUGUUUUCCUGCCGUGCUACAGUCGAACCAAAUUACAAUUAAGUUCGGCACGGCAGAAGCACGACGUCUGAACUGGGCCUAAACGUCAUAUAUCAAAGAUCGAAGAGCAACAACUUUUAUAUUAUUCGAUCGACAAAGGUACACUGAAGGUAAAAGUCCGGCAUGGUGAAAAAUCCUGCUUUUACUUUAUACUUCCACCGUGUCCCUAAUAUUUUCCAGUUCACCAUUGUACAGCUGUGGGCUUUCUAUCCAAGCUUUCGAGUGGAUGAGAUUGACCUUGAUACAGACCUGCGUUAUUUUCUUUUGGAAAUUUUGUCUUAAGAAUAAUUAUAAGUUGGCCUAAGAACAACACAAUUUACGUAAGAAUGGCUGUAUGAAAUAUAAGUCAACUCCAGCCUCUUUUCCAUCUAUAUCUAAUGUAAAAUGACAAAUUUGGGUCCCACUAAGUUAUUCAAACUCGGUCAGCAGAAGGCCUGAAACUACACUCUAGGAACUACAUACUAAGCCAGCUCAGUUGGCUGCGGAAAAUUUAUCGAGCUCUGACUUUUUUAUUUAUAAGAAAAAAAAGCGCUUUUCAAAAUAAGUGCUACAAAAAAGCUCGCUCCGCUCGCCAAGAGGUUGAAUUGUAGCAAGUCUAUCAUGAGAGGCGCAGUUGGUGAACUUGCUGAAGUGCGAUCAACCAGCCUAUUUCGGGAAACAUUUUGGUUUUAUUAACUCUAAUAAAUUCCCAGGCUUAGGUUGCCCUUUGAUGAUAGAACAUAGUUAAAACUGCCUAGAAUGCAUUUACAGGGCUUGUAAAGCACUCAAGAUGAUAUGAAUUAGGUUUGUGAAGCAUUUAGUCGACAGCAGUCAUUGAGUGCUCCUGUUUUAUUGUUAUAAGAAAAAAAUAAAGGUACCAAGCCAUUCAAUUCAACACAGGUACUCAGGUACAGGUGCCUGCCGGAAAGCGUGCCUGCUUAUUACUAAAAAAGAAUAUUGUGCGCAGAAAUCACGUACGAAUGAGUGUUCAGUUAAAUUAGAAUGUGAAAUGCAACUCACAAAAGUCCUUUUUUACAUAAAAAUGGCAGCUUAUUCUUUUGUCCUUUUAACGGUGUUUACCAAAGAAAUAUAAAGACAAAGGAAAGCCGUGUUACACAAGGCUGUGUUACACAGUAAAUGUGUGGAUUGUGUGCUAUGGUGCCUAACCGCGGACCUUGUCUUUGCGUGUUUGUUACUGAAGAAGAUAAAAAUAUUGUUUAGUAGCCUAGGGAUAUUUGAAAAAUUUCGGGUUUCAGUUCUUGGUUGGAUGGCGCUUAUAUACAUCCGCAGUGAUAACCACAGGACAGAUUUAUUCCUUCUGCGGAGGAUUGAACUAACCACGAGCAAGUUGUCUUAGCCUGUGUUAUAUCAGACAGAGACAGAGUUCAACCUCGGCGUAACCGCUUCGUAUUCACGCGGCCAAAAACGAAAAUUCCGUUCGUCGUUCCUUCGUCUUUCUUUGCUCCUAAACCACACGGAAACGCUUGCUACGCAGGCUAACAUUGGCUGAGUAAAGUAAAGCCUUUCAUGCAGGGCGUACUACAUAGCUCCACCUAGUCACAGGUAGACUGCUUGCAGUCCGCCUUUUCUCUUAAAAUCCGUCUAGUUCUUAUCUCAGCCAGCGCGAUUGCAAACCACGAGGUUAUGAUACAAUAAGGGAUUUUCUUUUCAAGCUUACGCCCUCGUUUAUCUCGGCUCGCAGCUCGCGUGGUUGGGUUUCUCGUGCAGUAACUUUGCAAAGAAAAAUAAGAGUAAGAGACUGCUCGCAGUCCAAGUCACAGGUGGCUUCAGUUGACACUGGGAAACGUGUCAAUCUAAGUAAAUAUUAAUUUCGUUUUUGUAGUAAGAGUCGACUGAAAAUUGUGGCUAAAUAUCAUAGUUUGCGGCUGAACUAGAUCUACUUCUGGAGUCCUUAAAUCAUACCAUGGCCACGAGUACCAUUGCCUCCAUGAAUUAAAGAGGGAGAAAUCAAGUAUUAUUUAAAGGUGAUUAGUUGUAAGCGGACAUUCUGUAGCUUUCUGACUGUUUAGUCAUUCAACAGAGAUCUUAAGUGGAAUCAUGAGAAAUACACGUGUUUCGACCACCUCGUGUACGUAAUUCAAUAUAAUAACCUAUGCUAAACCCGGCUUGGAAUAUUUUUUGUCAGUAAAAUUUCAGGGGCACCCAACGGCAAUUUUCGGGAAAAUAUCUGUUCGGAAGACGAUUUGAGAACUAGAAUUUUCGGAGGGUCUUGACAAACUGCGAGCCAGCGAGCCAGCGAGUCAUGCGAGUCGAGCCAGUGAGUAAUGCGAGUCAUGCGAGUCAUCAUGUGAGCCAUGCGAGACAGAAGUUCGAAAGAACGAGAAUCCAUUUUUUGGCGAAUCAUAAGCAAUUUAACUUUUUUAACAUUUGUAGCAUGAAAUUAGCGUUCAGACGACAGCAAGAAAGUUUUUUAAAGAAAAUGUAUGAAAAGGUAACCGGUCAAGUCGCCCGAAAGUCAUCUCGCCCGAAGUCAUGAGUCCUAAGUCAUGUCGCCCGCAAUUUUAUCGAGUGUAUAAACUUGAAGAAAAGUAACAUCUUAAGUAAAUCGCAAGGAAUAAACUCGACCCGCUAACGAAAAUACCCCUCAAUGACGUCAUAGCUUUUUCGAUAAAUGUGAAUUUUGAGAAGGAACGUUUAACUUGUUAGUAAGUCAGAUUUUUUAUCGCGAUAUUCUUAAGCCAUUGGCAUUGGUUUUAUUGUGAAAGACGCAAGACGUUUGGGUUUUAAAGAGUGUUUUUUUUAUGUUCUGGUCACGUGACUUACCACAUAUGGUGUGACUCAUUAAACGUGACCGAGGAAGAACCUUUAAACCUUUGUUUAAGACGUUUAACGAAUUCUCAAACCUUUGUUAUUGUUUCACCCCGUUCAAUUUGUAUGUUGGCGAAUUUUUCUGAAGCUGAAUUUUAUAGGACGUGCCUUUGGAAUAAAUACGUUACUUAGUAGUUUACGUUUAAAACAAAGUUAUUUUAUGCUGACUCGCAUGACUCGCAUGGCUCGCAUGUUGACUCACAUGUUGACUCACAUGUUGACUCGCAUGACUCGCUGGCUCGCAUGACUUUCAGUUAGGAAAUCCGAACAGAUGAAAAGUUUUUAGGGGAUAAAAAUAUGCCUAUAUCUACCGUUUAAAUACUAAAAUAUGUUCAACAAUGCUAUGUUGAUUUGUUUUGAACUAUAUCCUCGUUGGGUGCCCCUGAAAUUUACAAUAUCCGCCUCAAUCUCCCUCCAAAGCGUACCGACAGCUGCGGUUAGAUUGACCUCUGUUGCCGAACACAGUUAUCUUUGGUCGGCAGGACUGGCCCUCUGAUGCAAACUUAACCCUCUUUGUUGCGGCUAAAUAAGGUUUUAGGUUGUUCAAUUUUCUCCAAAGUGCCUCCUGGAUCUGAAUAACUAAAAGCGAUUUUCUUUUGUCCGCGAAUGUGAUGGUUUCCUGCGUUGUUUUGACACGCCGGGCCCACAACCUCGAAUGUCUUUGUUCGAGUCCUCUGCAACUGAAGAAACAAGUUCCAGAUACCAUGUUCUGAGCGUCGAGUAUUUCUUCGAUUAGCCAUUGAUUAGCUUUCGAUUGGUUUCUAAAUUUUUUAUGACUUAUUGUUAGAGCUGUUCUGAUACGAAGUUUACUUUCUAGUCCUUUUAAUAACACCUUACCCUGGGUGCCAGAGGCUUUUCAUUCGCGGUUUCCGGUUUCGGUCAAGUCUUAAAAAGUGACCCGCGCGAAGCCCCUCUUCGCACGCGAGAAAAAACCUCUGGUACCCAUGGUAAUAGCACCUCUGCUGCUUUUCUGUUUUGAUUUCUGCUGUGAUUUUCUUGCAUUUUAGCGUUCUCGUUCGAAUUGCGCGUCGACUUCGCUUCACUGGAAUUGACGUUAGUUGGCUGCUUUGAUUGUUUUGUGCCACGAUUAUUCCCACUCCGCUGUUUGCCUUUAGCUGUUGUUUUCAUGACUAGGAUCGCUGUCCGCGGACUUCAAAAUUGAUAUGAUAUAUCAUCUAGCAAACCAGUUAACUCCAACGAAAUCGCGGAAUCUAGCUCCCAAUCGGAACAAUUUCUCAAGAUAAAACCAUUUCCUUUGUUUACAAAAUCACUUCAGUGAUGAAACGCACCUCCACCCUGGACGCCAUUAUUUCUCGACAGCGCUGAAUAAAAGUUUGCACUUCUCGGGAAACCAAUUUCCGACUAAUUCAAGCGUUUAAUUGAGUGGAAUGGUUAUGAAACCCGUCAGACUCCUUUGUUAUAUGUUUUUGUGGACCUGAAAGUGCACAACGUUCAAAAGAAUUCCUAUCAUUUUGAUUGUAUUGACCAAUAAAAACGUUGCAUUAAUUUAUUCCGUAACAAUUUGUCAACAGAAAACAAAGGAUUGUGCACUUUCACGGUGCUUUGAACAUAAACUGCAGCACUGUUGUUUUUAUCAUUGAUGUUUGCCGCUUUUCAUAACCAUUCUCCUCUAAUAACUAUGCUUUGGUUUAUCCCAAGGGCUAGACUGGGCGUUUCCGUCUCUGUCCCAUUAUGGCUCUUGAUAGUACUACCCUGGUCCACAGCCAAAUUAAACAGUCCCGCAAAAUAUAUCAAACUACCGCAAUGUGUACUUCCAAAAAAGGCGAAACCAACUGAAGUCCGGUGUACGUAAACACCAUUGAAAAGGAUGGUCAAGAAAUGUUUAAUUAGGUUUUUUUUCGCCUUUCCGAGUCUGUGAGCCAAUAUUUUAACUUUAAUCUAAGGUUGACUUACCCUGGGUGCCAGAGGGUAUUUUGUUUGCACAAAGUAUUUCAUCCUAUAGGUAUUUCGAGAACGUGCAGAUUGGGUUGAAAACUAAAGAGAAACCGGAUGCAUGAAACAAUACGCGUCCAGGGCGGUUUAUUCAGAUUUAAUCAGAUCAGUCGGCAGUGUUUGUAGCGGUUUUCUUUUUAUCAGUUUCGGUCAGAUAGAACAUUAACGAACAGAUAGGGAACCUCUAGAACAAUAUAUUUCAUUCAGAGUCCGUGAUAUUGCGGCGCCACUACUUUCAAUGGUCCUUUCAAUAGAAAAUUAGAUCCAGUGUGGCGGAUGUAGAUGACAUACCUGAGGGGUAUAGUACGUUCAUUAACUUUUUUACUCACCAUCUACAAUAGGUAGGGUGCACGCAGUUGAUGAGAGCCCAGCUACUAAUUUUGCUAAAUUGUCGGAAAUGUCUGUCGAGACAAACGAGGAAUUGUUCCGUGCAAGUAGUUCACCUCUGGAUACAGCUCAGCCGGUCAUAUACCGACUUCGCCCAAACCAGAUGUAAUACCUCAUCGUCUAAUUUUUUUCCUGAGUCGGUUCUUAUUAAUUUUUGCCACUGACUGGUGAUAUAUAUAUAUAGCACAGAUGACAGUGAGGUUAAGUAGUAGUUCAGUUUUCUUUAUUUGCUUAUUCUCUAGUUGCAGCAGAUUGCAAUUUCACCACGUCCUGCCGGCAUGUCUAAACAUCUUUUUUAAGACCACAUCCCCGGGACCACAUCAUGAAGUUCAUCAGUUUGCAACUUCGCUUUGAAAUCUCUUAGUAAUACGACACAUGCGUUAGCCCAAGGCUUAUAACCGGAAAUGAAAAGCUACUGUCAAAUCCCGCCCUCGUUGUUACAGAUAAUUUCCCUUGCCAGGCUAGAAAGCCCUUACAGUUUUUCUAACUUCACUUCGUCAAUAUACCAGGGGCACCCAACGAGGAUAUAGUUCAAAACCACUUAACAUAGCAUUGUUGAACGUAUUUUAGUAUUUAAACGGUAGAUAUAGCAUAUUUUUAUCCCCUAAAAACUUUUCAUCUGUUCGGAUUUCCUAGCUGAAAGUCUAGUGAUCCGAAAAUUAUAGGGAUCAAAACUUACCUUUUCGAAAAUUUCAGCCCGGAAAAGGCUCCCGAAAAUUCUAGGUGGCCUUUUUUAGGGUAAAUAUCCGUUUAAAAUGGGUAAUUAAACCAUUUUGUAGAUGUUCGAAAAUCCUAGGAGAGGCAGGCAAGCAAGAAAUUUUACAACAAAUGUUCCGAAAAUUCUAGUUCUCAAAUCGUCUUCUGAACAGAUAUUUUCCCGAAAAUUGCCGUUGGGUGCCCCUGAUACUGAUACGGACACUUUCUAUGGUUUCCCGGCGCGAGAGGACUGGUGUUUACCCCUGGACAGUGGACGUAGGAGGGGGGAUUGGGAUGAAUGAGUCAGAAGAACUUUUAAUGGCAAACAGGUUUGAAUCAAAAACCCUCUCUCAUGAACUUAAGUGUUAUCGUUCGCAUUUACCUUGAGUCUAAAAAAUGAAUUAAAGCGUCUUCCAAGGUUAAAAAAGCGGACAAACAAGUAUUUCAUUUUAAUAAGGCACUUGGUCCUCAACGAAUUGACAGUUUUCAUUAAGCUUCUCUAGAAUCUUCUUAGCUAGUUGUAUUUUUCAUUUAUCGUUUUAAUUCGUUUUUAUUAUGAGAAAAUUUCAAGUUAUUCGUUUUACUAAAUAUCCCACUCUUUUCCAAAUUUGUCUUUAUCCUUAUAUCCACCUUGUUUUCACGGCAAACUACGUAUAAUGCUCCAAAGAGUACGUCUGAGAGUUAAUGAAGGAAUGAAUAUCAUAAUAUCCAUGCAAAGUGCUUUGUUUUCUUUCUUUCAGCCGUGUAGCAUACUAAGAGAAUACAGGGAGCUAGCGGGCCAACAAGACACCGCUGCUGAAAUUCCAGGUGAGAAAGUUUAAAUACCAUUUAGAGGAAUGUAUUACUAUAGCGAUUUUCUUGUCCUCUCUGUGCAGUGGUAGGUAGGAAGGCUUGCUUUCCCACUGAAAAUGAGAAAUACAUUUUAUGCAAUAUUUUUCGUCAUUAUCAUAAAUAAUCUUUUUGGUAUUCUUAAAGAAGUGUAGAUUGAAUGUUGUAUUUAUACUUACUACAUGCACUACGCAGCAACAUAACUUGCUUUAGAAAUUUCUUUAGAGAAAAGCAACUGUGCGUUCGACACAUUCGGUUUAGGGUUUUAAUUUUAAUUUUUGUUUGAGUACUGAACUGUAUGACAAUACAGUUCAGUAUUUACCUAGUACUUAAAAAUUUGUAUACCGAAAAAUUUGUUCCGUUUUGAUUCUUCGAGGAGGCAACAGGGAGCAAAAUUAUGCCAUUAUUCAUCGGUCAUUUAAGCUUUCCUGUUCUUUAAUCUCUUAUUCUUCUCUUGGUAGAUAUCAAUAAAACUGAAGAUCUUAGGGUUAGAGAUUUUUUAUUUUUAAUUAGUGGAAUUAACUGAUAUUUUGCAUUCGGCAAUGACAGACGUCACUUUUUAUUUGUUUUGGCGAGUCUCUCUGUUGCCAUCCCGACGAGACCAAUACCACUGAUGACCGCGCUCCUCGUUCUUUGCUCCGAAACAGCACGGAAACGCUUGCUACGCAGGCUACAAAACAAUUCAGAAAAUUUUUCAACUGUCUUAAGUUGGAAAAAAGAGCUAGAGGGCAUUGCCUAAAGGCAUAGUUGGAUCUUUUCAAUUAAGGGGAGUCUGUCCGGUUUCAUAAACUCACACACAAAAAGGCUCUUAUAUGAUGCUUCUCCUUCGAGUCUACUUGUACAUGAUUUUUCCCUUCAUGAAUGUUCUUAGUAUUUUUCUUGAGAAGGUUAAUCCAUUGACAAACACGACUUGUUGGCCCUUGAGGCAUACGAGCUUCUGAAAGAUUAAAUAAUGGUCUCUUGUCGCUUGCAAAAUUAAUGGAUGUAUAUAUCGGCACGAUAUGAUUUUGCCAACAUUAGCCAACACCUAGCACUAUACACCGAUAAGUUGUUUCAAAGAACGAUGCGCAGCGCCGAGCUUUUUUAGGCGAUGUCGAGGUGUAGACCCAAUUUCAACUGUUCUCUCAUGUCUGUAGAGCUGACUCAUUUCCCGAACUGCUGCUAGUGUUAAUCUGGUUAAUCGACUGGAACCCAUCGAGGUUAAGCAAAGCAUCUUCUCCGCAUUUUAAUUGCUACUGAACUGCUUGCGAUAACGAGUACAACUAACGAGGCGCAAAUAAUUAUUGAAUAUGGCAGUAAAAAUCCCUGCCAGUAAGAACCUGCAUUUUCGCAAGUUAGCCUUAACUGGUUGUAAUACAGGGCUUCAAAUAAUUUCUCGGCUGGCGCCGGUCAAGUUGUCCGGUCAAACCUAUUUUUGCUCGGACACAACCCGUUUUUGGCCGGACAAAUGUCUUUCAUCUAGGAUUAUUCGAUUGCACUUUACCGUAAAAUAUAUGCGGACUGUUAUAAUAAUGCUUUACAACACAACACACCCUACUCCUGAGUUUGCAGUGACGACUUUAUAGAGGACGAAGCAAUAACUCGCAACUCCCGCAAAAUGAAAAACCACUGUUACUGCCCUUCCGCACGGGGCUUCUGAAAUUUCUCACGGUCGCAGAGCAGCGAAAUUCAUGUAAAUCCACGAAAUUCACAAAAAAACCACACGGUAGAAAUAAUAAUGUCAGUUCAACAUAUUUGAGACUUAUCUUGGCUAAUGGGGCUGUUUUUUGUCUUAAACUUGCAAAUUUAUCUUGAAACUUCUUCACUGCAACGAGAAAACGUCCCAAAACCACCAGGUGUUUUUAGAUUAUUAUUGCGAAAAACUGGCACUGGCCAGUGAACGAUAUAAAAAGUUUUGCCAGUGGCACAUUUCUGAGCUCAUUGUUGUUAAAAGAGCAAAUGAUGAUCUCUGACAAAAAAACAAAAAACCUGUACAAAGAGAAUACCAAGUCCAAAUGAGAUCACAAAGCAAGCGGAGGUUUUGACCGGGGUUUAAAAAGGCAACAUUUAUAAGUCGUCAGUGUUUCUGUUGUUAUUGCACAGGCUAAUGCUCAUCAUUUCCCCUCUCACCAAAAAUGGGCAAAAUUCCGUCUUGUUUCAUUAAAAACGUUUGUGAAAUCAGCGCAAAACCGAUUGCUUUCUAGCAAAUUUGCCCAGAAAAUUUCCGCGGAAUGGGCUUUUCUCAAAAUUGGGCAAUUUUGCUGCAAAUUUGUCUCUAAGAAUCCGACAAAAUUUUGACUUUUUUUCCGUGACCUACAGAGGCCCUGUUUUAUGGACAGUUUACGUAAUAAAAGUUCUUGACCUGGUCACCUUUUUUUCUCUCUCUCCCCCCACUUUUUUUCCUUCACGAAUGUCAAUAAUGUCCAAUCUUGACCAAUCUUAUUUAAAAAAAGUGAAGGUCUGAAUCACAUUAAAAGCGUAAAAGAGCGGACAAAAUGUCCGGUCAUUCAAGGAUUUGUCCGGACAAAGCCUCUUUUUGACCGGUUGACCGUUGACCGGCCGUUAUUUGAAGCCCUGUAAUAACAUAAAUGGUAAUUAGCACAAAUUUAGGUUAUUUAGUUGUAACAAUUGCAAGGUUCUUAUUUUUUAAGGACAAAAUUCAUUGUAACUAAGGGUAUUUAGUGCUUUUAGCUUAUUCCUGCAGCAGUUGGAGCGAUAAGGCACCUUUGUCUUCAAAGAGGAUCCUAAACGCUGAUUUUAUCUUAUUUUCUCAUGUGUACUUUGUAUAGAUUUAAGAAAAUAAGAACCUGUUUCAAAUUUUAGGCUAAACAGGUUCUUGUGUAACUAGCAAAUUUAAGCCUAAGUAACAGGUUCUCAAGAACCAAGUUCUUACUCCCGGGUUUUUGCUGUAUCCACGUACUUGUGACACACCCAUGAAAAUUUACUGAGUUUGUGUCAACUUAUUGCAUUAACAUCAAGGACGUGCAUGGUUGAUAUUUAAAUCUGAUGAUUCAGGCGUUCUACUGAAAUUAAAAUAAUGAUUUUGACUAAAAUGGAAAACUUGAAAGGUAAAAGGAGAACAAUCAUUUAAAAGAGGAGAUAAACUGCGAGAAAGCUACUGGCUCCUCAAAGCCAGGGAUACGCUUGUUCGUUGUAUUCUCAGUAUUAGCCAUGUUAACUUUUCUUUCUCUUCUUUAGUUUGUCUUUUUCUAAGAAUUGAUAAGGUCGUAAAAUAUUCAGUACGACGAGGUGGUUCACCAAUUUUCUCUCACAUGAUAAGAGGCUAUAGUAAAAGGCAAAUUGUCUGCGCUUUAAUAGUUAAAUAUGUGUUUUUCCACUUUGAAACGAAUUUAAGGCUCAACGGGAACUCGGUGCUUGACUCACGAUAAAACUUGGGAAAACUAGACUCAAAUGGCAACUCGCUUGCGGGGAAGAGCCGUCACUUCUCCGUAGGACCGGGAUCAAACCACUAACUGGUACAGCAGUAGAUAAAACAGAGCUAAACUUGGUUCCAACAGCGUUUACUCCUCAGCGGAUCAAACAGCAAUAACUUAGGUAUAACUCGGCUAGGACGUACGGCGAAAUAAUCGGCAAUCAGUAAAAACUAACUUACUUAUAUAUGAUUUUUACAGCCAUUGAAGACAAAAGAAUACAAUAGAAAUAUAAACAGAAAUCACUCAGAGUUAAAUGAAAACUAAAUACAAAUUCUAUUUUUAACCUGAAAUCUUUUGUUACUGUUGCUAUUUUAGAAAGUAAAAGUACUGAGACAAAGACCAAGCCAGGUCAGCAAAACAGCGUUUCUGUACAAAGUGUUACAAUAUGAAUUAAAUUUCAAGCAGACUAAUUGGAAGUUUUCACCUUAAACAAAAGCCGAUCCUUUCAUAUUCAAAAUUCGGUUAUUACCUCUCUUUAACUAACAACUUAAUGAAAUAUAUUUUCGCAAAUAAAUAUAACUAAAUCGUAAUUAAAACUAGGGUAUCUAAAAGAUAGUUAAAUGCUGCGGCACAUUCUGUUGAUACUGGCAUUAGUAAGGCAGUGGGACUUAAAAGAAUCGAAAAUGACAUUGAAUGCCCCAUUUACAUGUUGGAAAGUACUAGAAUAAUUACUAUCGAUCAGUCUAUGGAAAGAACUCGUGGGAACGUUGUUUAGAAAAUGAUCAAGUGGUUAUCAACUCUGGUUUUCCCACAGUAAAUUGUAGGAGGUGAUAGAAAUUCAGAUUGUUUAUCCAUACUGUGUACUAUCUUUUCUCUGGAAACACGAUACUUUUCUUGCUGUUAAUUGCACUUUAUUAAGUAACAGUUAUUUAGCUAUAUAUUUAUAGAAAACAACAACAAAAAACGGGAGAAAAAAGAAAGAAGGAAAAAAAAGAGUUCGGUAGGUCUCGAACUCUGUACCAUCGGCUCGACGCGACUACACCUAACUACUACACCACAGAGACUGAUGACAUAAUCCUGCGAAAAGUCUUUAAUUUCAUGCCUUUUCCAUGAAACUUCCGCCGGCAAGAUGAUUGCCAGCCACAUAAAUCGAGCUAUUAACAGUAAAAAAACAAUGUAAACGCGCAUUCCAUGGCAAUGAAUGAAUGAAAGAACAUAAUUAUGCUUUCCAAAACGCCGAUACACUUCCUCUUCUGCAGCGUAGGACACAACAUAUGUUUUGUUAUCUCGAUUUCCGCUGUUAUUUUGAAGCGAAUGGUAAAAAAUCACAUCCAUUUUCGGCUCAUACAGGUUCUCACGAAUAGCAUGGCAUGACAUUUUCUCACUUUCACAUCACCUUCUAGCAAGCUGGAAUUUGUAUAUCCCCCGUGUUGCGGAGUGGAAGAGCAAAUGCUCAUCUUCUCGUCAGGUUUAACACCUGGACGAGUCAAAGGCUCUUGAAUUGAAAUCCAAUCCCCAAGUUAACCAUCGUACUCAUCUGAAAGACUCCUGCAUGUCUUAAAUUUGGUAAGACCUCUAACCGUGCUGUCCGGUAUUUGGCGGGGCUUAUUUUCGGAAUUUUACGGUAUGAUAUUCGAGGCAAAUAAAGAAUUCAUGGAAAAUCUCUCCUUACAAAUAUUUGCCAUACCUGCUUCGUCAACAAUAUUUCUCUUAGUCUCCUUAAAAUAUAACCUAUCACAUGCAUAUAUAUUACUGUAAGCUUAAGUAAAAAGAAUUCUACGGUGACUGAAUAUAUAUCGCUUAGGAAUGAUUGUACGUCUGCCCGCAAACCCAUACAGCUAUUUCGAGAAAGGUUGUCGGAAAAAGUGCACGCUUCAAUCCUGAAAGGUAUUGUUGGUGGUUUUGCAAGCACUGUUCUUCAAAGAAAUUUGAAAGAAUGGCACGAGAGGCCAUUAAAGUAUGUAUGCGAGUUUUAAAGUAAAGCAACAAAAGUAGUUUCGACAGCUACAUUGUCAGGAACAGAGUAUUGAUCAUGUCCCAUAUUACCUUUCGGGAUUUUCGCGUGCACAUUUUUUUCCGACAACCUUUCUCGAAAUAGCUGUAUAUUAUUGCCUAAAUGCCGAGGCGGAUAUUAGCUUUUCGUGGUUUUCCUUUGUAGAUUGUUUUAAUCAGUUAACUGACCCUAUCUUUUUUUAAAGUUAGUGGGAUUAACCUAAGGAAAUUCUGGUGUUCUGUUUUACUGUGGUUUGGCAACACAUUUUUACCGUCUUGCUGCGUGCAAAAUUGUUUUAAUACUCUCGUAUAAGUUGCGGCGCGUAGCCGUAAUUCAGUUGAGUUUGGACGUCACUGAAGAAACUGCAGCAGUUGUAAAGUUAACAAGCGAACUUGCUUCUAGCAAGGUUCAAUCUUUUAGUGGUCCCCCUCUACUUUUCAUCACUUUCUUAAAGCGAUGAAAAGCUCUCCACUAUCACUUGGAACAGGCUAGUAAAGCUAUGACUUUGAAAACAUCUGGUUUAAGUUAAUAAAGGCUCUGCUGAAGAGACACUGCACCUUUGAUCUAGGACGGAAUAAAGGAUAUCAUGUCUGCUGACGGACAGUUUUGAAGUCUACAUAAGCAUGUAUGUGUACCGAAAAAAUGCAUAUUAAGAUAAGAUGUAUCAAGUAUAGCGAGACUAAUAAUAAUAUUAUACAGGAUAUCCU